UGUACCUGGCCCUGUAGAAAACAUGAGUGAUCUGCUGGACGAUGGCUCUUUCAUGUUCACGUCGGAGUCCGUAGGAGAGGGACAUCCAGACAAAAUCUGUGACCAGAUCAGUGAUGCUGUCCUGGAUGCCCACCUGAAGCAGGACCCGGACGCCAAAGUCGCCUGUGAGACGGUGUGUAAGACGGGCAUGGUGCUGCUCUGUGGGGAGAUCACAUCUAGAGCCAAUGUGGACUACCAGAAGGUGGUCAGGGACACCAUUAAACACAUCGGCUAUGACAACUCCGAAAAAGGUUUUGACUACAAGACGUGUAACGUGCUGGUGGCUCUGGAGCAGCAGAGUCACAUUGCUCAGGGAGUCCACAUUGAUAGAUGUGAGGAGGACAUUGGAGCUGGAGACCAGGGUCUGAUGUUUGGCUACGCCACAGAUGAGACAGAGGAGUGCAUGCCUCUCACCAUCGUCUUAGCCCACAAACUCAACUCAAAGAUGGCCGAGCUCAGACGCAGCGGCACCGUUCCCUGGCUGCGUCCCGACUCUAAAACACAGGUGACGGUACAUUAUGAACAGAAGGACGGAGCUGUGAUCCCCAAGAGAGUUCACACCAUCGUGAUCUCUGUGCAGCACGACGACUACGUCACUUUGGAGGAACAGAAGAGGGUCCUCAAAGAGAAGGUGAUCAAAGCCGUGGUUCCUGCUAAAUAUCUGGACGACAAGACCAUCUACCACCUCCAGCCGAGUGGUCGCUUCGUCAUUGGAGGACCUCAGGGUGAUGCUGGUGUGACCGGCAGGAAGAUCAUUGUAGACACAUACGGAGGUUGGGGAGCUCGGGGCGGAGCUUUCUCUGGUAAAGAUUUCUCAAAGGUCGACCGCUCUGCUGCCUACGCCGCUCGCUGGGUGGCCAAGUCCCUGGUCAAAGCCAAACUGUGCAGGAGAGUUCUGGUUCAGGUGUCCUAUGCUAUCGGAGUGGCCCAUCCUCUCUCCAUCUCCUUGUUCACCUACGGUUCCUCCGAGAAAACAGAGUCAGACCUGCUGCACAUCGUCAACAAGAACUUUGAUCUGAGGCCAGGAGUCAUUGUCAGGGAACUGAGGCUGAAGCGGCCGAUCUACCAGGAGACAGCUUCUUACGGCCACUUUGGCCGAUCAGAGUUUACUUGGGAGGAGCCCAAAAAGCUCGUCUACUAAAAUACUCCACCUGGCUCGUCCUAAUCGACUCACCUGGACGCUGAGCAAGAGGCCUCCACACAGGUUACAACCAGCCAGCUCCAUCUUUUGAUAGGACAUUUUUAUAUAAUAGAGAGUAAGUUAGGGCUAUGUCAGCUUUAAAGAGGUGAGGAGGUCAUAAUUUGCAUCUGACGGACAUAAAGGGACACUGCAGAGGACAUCUCAGAAACAUUCUACAAAACUAUUGGUGCUUCACAAAUAUUCAUACAGUCACUAGACACUACCUGAUAGCUUACUACACAGGUACAACACAGCAAAUACAAUACUUUUUUUUUUUUUUUUUUUUUACCUCAAAGCUGUGAUAGUUCCUCUGUCAGACCAGUAUGAUGUAAACAAACAACCUCUGUGUAUUUUUUAAACAACAGUACUUCUGUCACAGGGGUCAUUCCGAUGUUCCCAGGGAUCUGUGAUCGAUUGGUUUGGGCUUUCUUAGUGGUUUAAUUUUUUUUUUUUUAAAGAACAGAGGGAGAUGGAUGUUUGAAAUAAAGCUUGUACUGUUGAAUUCAAUUAGAGGUGGAUUUCAACAAGUUGAUCUUGGAAAGCACACACCAAAUAUAAGACAUAAGGAAACAGAUUCUUGAAUGUGUCUUAUAUAUAUAAAUGGUAUUGUGGAUUAUAGGACCUUGGGAACAAAGACAUGAUUCUUUUUUUUCUUUUUUUAUUCAAAUGAGUGUAAGAAGUGUAAUUAUUGCUUAACCAAAGACUUGGCUUCAGAAGAAAACUUUUUUGUUUUGGUCACAACUGUGAAAUGAGUCUUACUUUGUAAUGUAUGCUUCAGGCAGCUGUUUGCCUACAAUCAGAAGACAGGUCAUUAAAACCCUUUUAAUCAUAUAUUGCCAUUCAUCAACCACGCACAGCCUUAUGUUGUCAUAUCGAUCUUCUUGUACCAUCCUUAUGGAAGCAAUGUUUGAUUUGAAUAUCAAGUCACUUUUAUUGCACACAGCUCAUCUAGUGGCUUGCUUGUGAAUGAUAUAUUUGCCUUUUGUACCUGCAGUCCUGCAGCUGUGACUGAGUCUGUAUAUGUGACUGAGUUAUCGAUGCACCAAUCAUAAAAAAUUUGGACCCUUACAGAUGUUUGACAUAACUUAGCUGAGUGCAGAAUCUGAUCCUGAUGUUUUUAUGAUUACUUCUUCAUAACUCUUUCUGUGUCUGUUUUUCAAAUGAGCUCGGAUAUAUUUAAAUGAUUGUGAGUAUCCCCCUCUCAUGAAACAUGUCUUAAAAACUGCGCUGAUAUAACCACGAGGCGUUGAAAGACUCACACACUACCAACAUUUUCUCUCACGUUUGACCCUGAAAACUAAUCAAUUCAUAUCGGCUAUAAUAAUAUUCAUUUGGUACAUUGGUGCAUCCCUAGACUGAAUUUAGCCAAAACUCGACAUCUUCUGAUUUCGCUCUGCAUCAUUCUCUUCUCUUCGCUAGCUGCUGGGACUAAAGACUUAAGAAUUAAGUGGACCACACUGAUGUCUUACAAAUGUUGCAUUUCAACGUUAAGAUGCAAUAUCAAUGCUGCGUGAUUUUAUACAAUCUGAUCCUUGUAUGCCUUUAAGAUUUUCAGCUGGUUUGAAGCUUUCUUUUAAUCUUAAAUCAUUUCAGACUUCUGCCAUGUUACACAGCGUAUUUAUAGCACAUCCUUCUCCGUGCAUUUCAAGUUAAAACGAGACCGUUCUUAUAUCUCACAGGGCAUUAAGAAGAUUUCAAGUCAGCUUAGUUACAAAGCAUUAAAUGAUUGCCUUCUCAAACACUUUUUAAUGCAUGUAGGAGUUGUGAACAGUCGUUACACUUCAUGUCUGUAGAGGUUUUGGACUUUGUGGUGGACCCUGCUUUCAUCUACAGCCCACAUUGGUUUUUUUUUGUAAGAGACAUUUCCCUCUAUUUAAUGUGUUGAUCUCUGUCAUGUCGCUGUCAAAUUUACUGGCAGAGAAAGUGGACAAUGUAAAUAAUUAAAACAAUAAAGAAAAUCUGAAAUAUAA